AUGACAAGUCGAAUACGAGUCAACAGUGUGCCCUGGCAGCCAAAAGGGCCAACCGUGUCCUGGGACACACCAAGCACAGCAUUGCUAGCCGGUCGAGGGAGGUUGAUUGCCCCAUUCUACACUGCGCUGGUGUGGCCCUACCUCAAGUACUGUGUGCAGUUUUGCAUGCCUCAACUUAAGGACAUCAAACUGUUAGAAUGUGUGCAGAGGAGGGCGGCCAAGGUGGUGAAAGGCCUCGAGGGCAAGACUUUGGAGGAGCAGCUGAGGCGGGAGCCCGGGUGGGGACCCUCGGCCGAGCGCCUGGGACCGUCGUCCGGCCUCAUCCCCGGGGGAAAGGCGGGGCGGGCGGCCGCUCCCCGCCCCCGGCACUGCGGCGCGGGGCCGCGGCUCCGGGGCGGUAGGGGGCGCUGGGCGGCCGGACGCUGGGUUGGGCUGGGGGGGGGGGGGCUGGCCCUGGGGGCGGGCUGGGCGGGGGGGUCGCCGGCCCUCUCCGGGGGUCAGUCCCGCCGCAGGAAGCAGCCGCCGCGGCCGGCCGACUUCAAGCUGCAGGUGAUCAUCAUCGGGUCGCGGGGGGUGGGCAAGACCAGCCUGAUGGAGCGCUUCACCGACGACACCUUCUGCGAGGCCUGCAAGUCCACCGUGGGUGUUGAUUUUAAAAUCAAAACAGUAGAGCUAAGAGGAAAGAAAAUUAGAUUACAAAUCUGGGACACAGCAGGUCAGGAGAGAUUCAACAGCAUUACCUCAGCUUAUUACAGAAGUGCCAAGGGAAUUAUUUUGGUGUAUGAUAUCACCAAGAAGGAAACAUUUGACGAUUUACCAAAAUGGAUGAAAAUGAUUGAUAAGUACGCGUCAGAAGAUGCAGAGCUUCUAUUAGUUGGAAAUAAACUGGACUGUGAAGUUGAUCGAGAGAUUACUCGGCAGCAGGGAGAAAAGUUUGCACAGCAAAUAACUGGGAUGCGGUUCUGUGAAGCAAGUGCCAAGGAUAAUUUUAAUGUGGAUGAAAUAUUUCUAAAACUUGUUGAUGACAUUCUGAAAAAGAUGCCACUGGAUGUUAUAAGAAAUGAAUUGUCCAACAGUAUCCUGUCCCUGCAGCCAGAGCCAGAAAUCCCACCAGAACUGCCUCCUCCAAGGCCACAUGUCCGUUGCUGUUGACUUGUUACUCCAUACAGAGUGAAAAGUAGGAGCGGGAGGGUGAAGGAAGUAUCUGUACUACUCUGCACUACAAUCAUUUGGCAGUUUCUUGUUGCACUUUGUUAUUCGAGUCAGAGCUACACACUAACUUGUAAAUAUGCAAAUAUGCAAUCCUGUGUAGGAUUCAGCUAUAACAUUUAAUUAUUACCCCUCUCCCUCACAAUGAUGUUUCAUUCAUUGCCCCAGUGUUAUAAAUACUGUACAGUCGGUGGGAAUUUACUACGCUUCCAGUCGAGGAGGAGGAGAAAUUAAAUCUAUACCUAUUCUUGACA